CUUAAGAACUUAAGCGGUGAAGACGUCCGUGAAGCAGCCACAGACCUGCAGGCUCACCCGCAGGCUGACAAUGUUGGACGGGCAGAGAGCAGUGCAGGCUAACCUGCCCACACAGGUGUAAGCUACUCGUCAUCCGCUCGCGGGGGGACGGAGGGGCUGUCGCCACCAGGUACGUUUUACAUGUACGACCGCGCAUCGUCCCGGUGCUGCCACACAUCCUAAACCCUUUCCUCCCGGGACCAUUGAGAUGCACCGUUAACGUUUCAGCGAGACUUCCUUUCGGGCUCUGAGAUGAACUUAAAGUGGACAGUGAAACGAUUUCUUCUUAUGUCGUUUUCAGUCUCCCACUUGCUGUUACUUGAGGGAGCUCAGAGCCGACUUUCAGGGACAGAAGGAAGACUGCAGAGAAGGGCUAAUGCACUUCGGAGGAAACGGGAUCUCCUCGGGGAGGAGACAUACAGACCACUGCUCUCGGAGGGCACUCUGUCACGCAGCAUUUUACACAACUACACAGCCAGAGAUGCCUCUUCUGAAUAUUGCGGCUGCCUCAACGGUGGCUGGUGUCAGGAGGGGGGUGUGUGUGACUGUGCACAGUUCCAGGCACUGGGAGACCGCUGCCAGAUCAUACCUAACCAGGGCCAGGACAGAGACGGCAUCUGCAGGUCAUGGGGUCAGCACCACUACGAAACAUUUGAUGGAAUCUAUUUCUACUUCCCUGGAACCUGCUCUUACAUUCUGGCCCAGGACUGCAACUCAGCUACACCACAGUACACAGUGUGGGUCCACAACAGCAGAGUUUGUGACGAAAAGGUGUAUUCAUGUCCAAGAGCACUCAGUCUGUUCUUCCCAAAUGAGGAGGAGAUCCACAUCUCUGGAUAUCAGGUCCACCAGGGAGGCCACAGGUUAAGUCUGCCUCAGACAAUCGGUGGUGUGUUUAUUGAGCGACUGGCCGAUUACCUGCUGGUUAAGAGUGUGUUUGGCUUCUCUCUGGCCUGGGAUGGAGGCUCGGGGGUCUAUCUGAAGAUGAGCGAGGAGCACCAGGGUGCCCCCUGUGGCCUGUGUGGGAACUUCAACCACAUUGCUGGCGAUGACCUCACCACUUCUCGCGGCAUUCGGACAGAUGAGCCUGCAUUGUUUGCUAACAGCUGGGCGGUGGACUUGCCUCAUGAGAGAGCCUGUCCCUCAGUAGAUCUCGACUUCAAUGGGCCUUGCCAGUCUGAGUCAGACAUGGACGAUGCCAUAGAGAAAUGCAGUGCGCUUCUUUUCUUCCCAUUUCUGUCCUGUCAUGAAAACAUUGACCCAAAUCCCUUUGUGGCCAGCUGUGUGUCUGACCUCUGUGUAUCCGAUGACGAGGAAACAUUUUGUCGAGCCUUGGUUGAGUACACCCGAGCCUGCUCACAUGUUGGAUAUCCAGUAAGAGAGUGGAGAGACAGCUUCCCUUCUUGUAAUGACGGCUGUGAGGAGAGUUUUGUUUAUAGAGACUGUAUUAGUUGCUGUCCGCCCACCUGUACAUUUGAAAAAGAGUGCUUGGGAACCAACCUACAUUGUCUGGAUGGUUGCUAUUGCCCUGAUGGUCUUAUCUUACAAAAUGGAACUUGUAUCGCUGUAUCUCAGUGUCCCUGUGUUUACCAUGGUACAUCAUAUGUGCAGGGACACGUGCUUCAACAAGGAUGUAGCGUUUGUGUGUGCGCGGGAGGAGUGUGGAACUGCACUGAGAACAACUGCACAGCUGAGUGUUCGGUGAUUGGUGAUGUGUUUGUGACGACAUUUGACGGUAGGAUGUUUCUCCAGCCGGGGGCGUGUCAGUACGUCCUGGCGAAGAGCCGCAGCAGCAGCCGAUUCACAGUCACAGUGCAGUACACAACCUGUGCAGAGCAGCAGGUGUGUAUUCAGUCGGUGACAGUGGUGUUGGAUGAAGAUGUGAGUCAUCAGAUCACUCUAACCAGAGAGGGGGAGGUGAUAAUUGGUGUCAACCAGGCACCUGUCCUGCCCUAUGUUGAUGAUGCAGUGGAGGUGCAGAAGCUGACCACCGUGUUUACACUGCUGAAGACAGGGAUUGGUCUGAGGUUACAUUAUGAUGGUCGUGGAGGGCGGGUCUACCUGCAGCUGGACAGCCAGUGGCGUGGACAGACUCUGGGCCUCUGUGGAACUUUCAAUGGAAAUCUACGUGAUGACUUCUUAUCUCCAGCAGGGAUGAUAGAAGGCACUCCUCAGCUUCAUGCCAACGUUUGGAAGGUUUCAUCUGCUUGUGUCGCUCCAGUCAACCUGCCCAUUGUAGACCCAUGUGAGAUGAACCAGAACAAUGUAUUUUAUGCAUCCCAGUGUGAGGUGCUCGUGGGAAGUGUGUUUGCCCCUUGUCAUGGCUACAUCAGUCCAAACGUCUACCAGCAGCAGUGUCGCUACCAGGCCUGUCGUUGUGGGAGCAGCUGUUUGUGUACAGCACUGGCUCACUACGCUUACCUCUGCUCCAAACACGGAGUCAGCAUCGAUUUCAGAUCACAAGUCUCUGAAUGUGGAGUGGUCUGUCUUGGAGGCAUGCUGUACAGCUCUUGUGUGUCGUCUUGCGGGCGGUCCUGUCGUGCUCUGUCUGGCACAGAGACAUGUAACCCUGACGACUGCGCAGAGGGGUGUGGCUGUCCAGAUAGCAGUUACUAUGACGAUGUGCGUCAGCGCUGUGUACAGCUGUCUCAGUGUCACUGUUACUCCAUGGGUGGUGUGUCACAGCCAGGGGAGGUGACCUUCAGUGCCUCUGGCCCCUGCCUGUGCAGAAAUGGGAAGAUGGAGUGUGUGCCAGAGGAAAAAGAGCCAGACAGCGUAGAGGUUGGUGAAUGUCCAGAGGGGAAAGUGUACCACAGCUGCACUGAGCAGAGAGGAGGUGUGGCCUGUGCACCGACCUGCCGUAACCUGAUGUUGAACCUCACCUGCCCUCCCAGCACACCAUGCAUCCCUGGCUGUGUCUGCCCUCCUGGGCUGGUCCUGCACCAUGGGCAGUGUUAUUACCCGGAGAACUGCCCCUGUGUCUGGCUGGGCCUUGAAUACCUGCCUGGAGAAACAGUGGAAACACCAUGUUACAGAUGUGUGUGCCACCGAGGCUUUUUCAACUGCAGCUACUCACCCUGUCCAGCUGUGUGUACAGUCUACAGUGACAGACACUACCACACCUUUGAUGGCCUUGAGUAUGACUACCACUCUGACUGUCAAGUCUAUUUGCUUAAAAGUGCUGGAGAAACCGAGGUGUCCAUUGUUGCUCAAAACAAGGACUGCUAUGAGAGCGGCAUUGUGUGCAUGAAAAUACUGGUCAUUCACGUGGGACUUACCAAGAUCUACUUCACCGACAACUCUGGCAACCCUAGCCCAUCCACUGUUGUAGGUCGAGGGUCAGAGUUUGAGCUUUGGAAAGCAGGCUACUACACUGUGGUCCACUUCUCUAAUCAGGACCUGACCAUCCUCUGGGACCGCAAAACCACUGUACACAUCAGAGCUGGACCUCAGUGGAAGGGCCUUCUCAGUGGACUAUGUGGAAAUUUUGACAGUGUGACAGUGAACGAUAUGACCACCUCCAGCCACAUGGAAGUCAAUAAUGCACAGACCUUUGGAGACAGCUGGGCCCUAGGAGAGUGUGAAAGUGACUACGUAGUCGAGCGACCAUGUGAAGGGGACUUAGGCAGACAGCCGUAUGCCAAGAGGGAGUGUGCUCUUCUCUACAGCGAUGUCUUUGCACCCUGUCACAAUGUGGUGGAUGUGGCCUGGUUCUAUAGGAACUGCCUCACAGACACUUGCAAUUGUAACCGUGGGGGAGACUGUGAGUGUCUCUGUACGUCCAUCGCUGCAUAUGCACACAAAUGUUGUCAACAGGGAGUCACAAUACACUGGAGAUCACCCUCUGUCUGUCCCUAUGACUGUGAGUACUAUAAUCAAGAGCUCGGUGAUGGCCCAUUUUCCUUGGUGAGUGCUGUUUUUAAUGACACUAUGUUUGGAGUGAAUCGCACCAGCAGCUCAGUUUUUCCUCUGGUGAGAGAGAGAACAGGGAAGUUGCCUGCUCCAGGUCUACUGUUCAACUUCAUGAUCACAGCAGGCCUGCAGAAGGACAGAACAUCACGUGUCCGAGUGGUGUCUUUGGAGUCUGCAGAAAGACCAAACUAUUUCCUUGUCGUGUCAGGGCACAGCAGUCUUCAGAUGGAGCGUUGGAGUCGAGGGGCCGACUUUAGUCGAAGGGCAACCUUUAUUCAGCACCAGGGGCUCUUUCUGCCAGGUCACACCUCUUUCGAGCUUGUCGGCCAUCCUGGAAUCUUUCUGACACUGACACGCACUGCUGCACGAGCUCAGAGAUAUGACAGCUCAGACGGCUUCAAAGGCAGCAGCAGCUUCAAACUGGAGGAAAGCAGUUUUGUGAUACCAUACCGUAUGAUGUGUGAGUGGCGCUACCAAGCCUGUGCCAGUCCUUGUGUCCACACUUGCAGCGACCCAGAUGCAACACGCUGCCAGUUCCUGCCUCCUGUCGAGGGAUGCUUCCCACGUUGUCCCAAGAACAUGGUCCUUGAUGAAGUCACCAGAAGAUGCGUCUACACAGAGGACUGUGUUUCCCUUCCCCCAACUCCAACACCAUUUGCAUAUGUGACACGGUCCAACAGAACCACCACAGCACCACCAACAACUUCAACAACAACAACAACAACAAGCACUAUGACUAUUACCACAAGGCCUUCAACCACAACUACUACUACCAGUACCUCUACAACCACAACCACCCCAGCCACCACCAGAGCGACGACUACCUCCUCCACCACUGUCAGGCCUACAACAACCACUACCACUCCUACUACUCCCAGUACAACAUCAGCCACCGAGCGUGUCACCACUCCACUUACCACUGUUGUUUCAACCACUCUCAUUCCCUCAAGCCCACCAGCGAUGACCACUGUCAGCACAACUGAAAUGACCCCCACUCAAACUACAGUAAGCACAGGGGUCACUUCAACAGUCACCACCGCAACACCAUCCAUUCUGUCCACUGAGGCUACAGUCCCCUCGUCUCCCUCUCCUUCAUCACCGGCUAUUUUUCCUUCCACCACCUUGCUCCCAACUCCCACCACCCCCACCAUUGCCACAACAUCUCCAACAUCAACAACUUCAACCCCAUCUUCUCCAACCUCCCCCUCUACACGGCCACCACUCUCUACAGAUGUCACAACUGCCACGACCUCCACCACUUCACUCCCUGAAACCACCACUGAAACAACAACCAUUCUUCAACCUUCACCGGAUUCUACCACCACCACAGACACCUCAACAGUUGUGACAACAACUGAAGAACUUCCUACAACCAUCGAGCCCACUAGUGAGCCAGUAACCAUUGAAAUAAUCACCAGCCCUGACACCGUUCCUGUCACAGAGGAAGCAUCAACCACACAUCCUUUCCUCUUGCCCACUUCUCCCUGCAUUCCUCCAUACUCCUACCGUAUCGAUGAAUGCGCUGAGCUGAUCUGUUUCAAUGGAGAGCUGCUGCUUCACAACUCCUCUCUGCACUGUCGUUUCAACACCACCCAGCCCCAGUGCAGUCUGCUGGGCCUGCCCAUCCUCAUCAACACAGACGCCUGCUGUCCACAGUGGCAGUGUCCCUGUCGCUGCACUGUGAUGUCAGACCUGCGUGUUAUCACAUUUGAUGGCAACAACGUGGCCUUGUAUGAUAAUGGCUCCUACAUCCUGGUUAACCUGCCCAGAGAGACUAUUAUUGGCACUGUGGAGAAAUGUCCAACUAGCCAGAGUGUAAACUCCAUCAGACGAACCAGUCCGGCAGGUGGAACAUCUGGUUUGUGUUUUAAGAAGCUGAACAUUACUACAGCCUCUUACAGAAUUAUUAUCAACCGACUGGAUCGUAAGGUGACGGUCAACUACAGACCUGCUAGACUUCCAUUCUCCCGUCACUCUCUUUAUGUGGAAGACACAGGCAGUAUGUACCUGAUCCACACCCCUGGCGGAAUCAGCAUACAGUGGUAUCACAGCACUGGCAUUGCUGUGUUGCAGUACAUCACCCCCUAUAAUGCGUCUGUGCCCACGCGAGGCCUGUGUGGUUGCUGUGACGGGAACCCAGAGGAUGACCUGAAGCUGCCCAAUGGCACAGUGGUCAGAGAGGUGGGGGACAUGAUGCUCUUCCUGCAGGCUUGGAGAGUCCAUACCACAGAUGAAACCGAACACAUGCGCAGGGUUGGGGACAACUGCACCACCGGGGACUGCUCCAUCUGCCUCUCCAUGCUUCGCCAGAGAGCCUUCACACCGUGUCACAGCAAGGUCACUCCGGAGCAGUUCUGCGACAUCAUGUGGGCGGGGGACCUGCACUACAAGGAUCACCAGUGUGACUUUCUGGCAGCGUAUGUGGCAGUCUGCUACACACAUCAAGUGUGCAUCAGCUGGAGACGACACAACUUCUGCCCAUUGCGGUGUCCCCCUGGAAAGGAGUAUCAGCCAUGUGUAAGCACCUGCACCAGCCGCACCUGUCUAAACAGAGAGUACUACGAGGAGACCACCUGCUCCUUCAUCAGAGAGGAGUGUGUGUGCCGUAGUGGAACCAUCCUGCACCGUGCUGACUCCCCUUACUGUGUAACUGAGGAUCGCUGUGUGUGCACAGAUAAUGAGGGAAACCCGCGGGCCCCGGGCGAGGUGUGGAAUGGCUCUGCUCGCAGCUGCUGCCUGUACAAGUGCAUGGAGAAUGGCUCUGUGGUGGCUGUCGAGCCAGACUGCAGCUCUGUUCCUACACCACUGUGUGAGAGGGAGGGAGAGUAUGUGCUGGAUGUAGUGGAGGAAGGAGCCUGCUGCCCAAAGAAGAUCUGCGAGUGCAACAUGACCAUCUGUGACAGUGAAGCUCCACCUUGUGAUAAUGGAAACAGGCUUGUGAUUGGUUACAGCGCUCUGUCCUGCUGUCCAGAGUACAGAUGUGAGUGUGACCCCAUGGCAUGCCCUCCUGUGUCUGCUCCCAGCUGCAGGGAAGAUCAGUUCCUAGUGGAGGUCAGGGGGGAAAAACCCUGCUGCUACUCCUACCUGUGUGUCUGUGAGUCAUGUAUUGAACCAAUUCCAACGUGUUCACAUGGAGAAAUUCUGGCUUUGGAUCUUAACAACAGUAACAGCUGCUGUCCUCAGUAUCAUUGUGUGUGUGAUGUCAACCUGUGCCCUGAGUCAUCUGUAAGCUGUGCACCUGGUCUCUCUUUGGUUCAAACUACUGUCCCAGGGCUUUGCUGCCCACAGCACCACUGCGAAUGCCAAUGCGAGGACAGCUCUCACCCCAUCUGUCAGGUGGGAGAGGUGCUGGUCGAGAUUCCAGACAGCAGCACCAACUGUGGGUGUCCUCAGCAUGCAUGCCAGAAGGCAGAGGUGUGUCUGUUCCAAGGGGUAACAGUGCUGGGCCCAGGUCAGUCUCUGGUUCAGUACCUUGAAGGAGAGCUGUGUUACACUGUCCACUGCCUGCAUCACAGGGAUCCAGACUCUGGCUUCUAUGCCAUGGAAAUUUCCUCUGUCAACUGCUCCCAGAGAUGUGGACCACACCAGGUGUACGUGCCGUCCACGGACCCUCAGGUGUGCUGCGGUUCCUGCAAAAAUGUCUCCUGUACUUUCACCAACGAAAACGGGACAGCAGACCUUUUCGCUGCAGGGAGUUCCUGGGUGGAGAACUGUACACGUUACGACUGCAUGGAGACAGCAGUGGGAGCGGUGAUUCUCGCCUCUGGGGUGGUUUGCCCUCCUUUCAAUGACACAGAGUGUCUUCAGAAUGGUGGUGUAGUUCAGAGCUAUGUGGAUGGUUGCUGCAGGACAUGUAAAGAAGAUGGUAAGACAUGUAAACGCGUGGCCAUUCGAACAACCAUCAGAAAAGAUGACUGCAGGAGCAAUGCACCGGUAACAGUCUAUUCUUGUGAUGGGAAAUGUCCGUCUGCCACCAUAUUCAACUUUAACAUCAACAGUCACGCCCGGUUCUGUAAGUGCUGUCGCGAGAGUGGACUACAAACCCGCUCCGUUACGCUGUACUGCUCUCGCAACGCCACAGUCGUGGAGUACAACUUCCAAGAGCCUCUUGACUGUUCCUGCCAAUGGAACUAAAAAUGGGAUUCCAGUCAGAAAAAGCAAAUAAGAGCAUAAUAAAUGAAGAGUGUAUAUGAAUAGAGGGAUAAAUGGCAGGUGGGGGUG